AUGAUCUUCAGCAAGAUCGAGAACAAGCUUGAACAAGCCGGACACCUCAAGACUGCCCAGCUCAUCCGCCUGCUGGAACAUUACGCUCAGUUCCAGCGUUUCCACUCCAAAUACUGGGUCCAUCAGGCACUCCGCCUGGACUAUAAGAUCCGAGAGACCGUACAGCGCGAAAUCCACAUUAAAAGCCUGUACGAAUCCUACAACCAGUCUGGAAGACACCACCCCCUAACAGACGCGGAGUUCGAGAUGGUCCACAUCUGGCAGGAUGAGCUGGACGACCUGGACAAAACCUACUGGUGUCUCACUCGCGAGCUGAACUGGAUUACCAGUACGCAGUUCCAGGGCCCGCUGAAGAGGGCGUACGCCGCGCACCACAGCAACCCCAGCUGGUACUUGUCUGCGAACCAUCGCAGGGAGUGUGCGGAGCGAGGUGGCUGUUGUGCGAGAGACUGUGGGUGCUGCGGCAAGCCUCGAGAGACGGAACGGUUCUUUAAACUCGGACACUGCACUGAGGAGUGUCCUUGUUGCAGAAAGGAGUUCGGGGAGAAGAGGCUCUCUUUGCGAGCGAGGGCGGAUAUUGAUUUCGAGAGAAUUGGGUUCAAAAUGGAGAGGGCGUACAUCUGGGGUAUUUGA